AUGGCGACGGACGGCACCCUACCAUCGAAACAGAAAGCGGCACAGUUCCACCCGAAAGAUCAGACCGUCCAUAUCAAUGAAGUCCCAAUCCCAUCGAUCAAACCAGAUGAACUACUCGUCAAAGUCCGGGCAGCGUCGCUAUGUCACAGUGACUUGAUGCUUUUCGAGCCGAAUGAGCAAGGGCUCAAUCUUGGAUCUGGCGAACCCUUCACGAUGGUAUACACCCCCACGGCUUCACCCCGACUGUCGCUAAUCAACCCACAGGGCCACGAAGGCUGCGGCACAGUCCUCGAAGUCGGCUCUCAAGCCCAAGGCUUCACCAAAGGCGACCGCGUCGGCUGGCUCCCCAUCGUCGACUGUUGCUUCGAAUGCGAAGCCUGUCAGGUCCACAACCUCUACUGCGAAACCGGCCAGUCCAAAGUCCAAGGCAUGACUGUCGACGGCUACUUCCAAACCUACUGCGCAGUGAAAUGGCAGAACGCUGCGAAGAUCCCGGACGGCAUGGACCUGGAUUCCUCUGCCCCGAUCUUCUGCGCCGGCGCUACCGCGUAUAACUCCGUGGAAGCUACUCACUCCGAAUUGAAGGGUACCCCGAGCGACAUGUUCGUUGCUGUCAUUGGGUGUGGUGGACUAGGCCACCUCGGAAUCCAGUACCUCAAAGCCCACGGGUACAACGUCAUCGGCAUCGACCUCUCCCCCGAUGCUCUGGAGGAGGCGAAAGCGCAGGGGGCCGAUCACGUCUUCAACCCAUCAAAGGACAAAGACUACGUGCAGCAAAUCCGCUCCAUCACGGGUAAAGGCUGCCACGCCGCGAUCAACUUCACCAAUUCCGCUCCAGCUUACGCCAGCACCCCGGACGUGAUACGGUAUAAUGGCGUGUUGAUGGUGACGGGGAUUCCGCAGAAGCCGAUUCAGUUUUCUGGGAUGGAUGUGAGUAUGUUGCGGAUCAGGGUCAGGGGAGCGAAUAAUGGGCGGACGGACCAGUUGAGGAGGUGUUUGGAGUUCAGUCACAAACAUGGGAUUAAACCGCAUGUGACGCAGUUUAAGCUGGAGGAGUUUCAGAGUAUGUUGGAUACGAUGCAUGAGGGGAAACAUAAGGGGAGAAUGGGUGUGCUGUUUGAUUGA